UCUUUUUUUUUUAAAUAAGAAGUUUAAGGAGGGCUCUACUAGGUGCCGUUAACUUCUUGAGAUAAGAAGUUAAAUGAAGGCUCGACUAGGUGCCAUUAACUCCUCAAGAUAAGAAGUUAGGAUCGGUUAGAGAUGCUUUAAUUAAGUAGAGAGAUCGCAGGAGACACAUCCUUCUCCCUUUUCCUCUGGUCGCCGCCGUUGUCGUUCGUCAACAAACUCGCCGCCGCUUUGCUCCGCGCCUCCGCCGCUCCGCCGCUCCCUCCCCUCUACAGCUCUGCCUCUCCCGCUUCCCGUUCUCGCGCCCUCCCCUCUCUCGGCCGGAUCAAUCUCUUCUCCGGCAGAUUGGACAGCACGGUGCCACCCCCCAAAUCCGCCGCUCUGUUUCCAGGGGUUUGCGGAGAUUCGAUUAUCCACUUCUCUGCUCCGGUUGCGGAAGAAGCAGGUAAAUCCUGCAAUGAACCAAGAAAACGCUCCUGGCAACACGCCAUUGCUCCCGCAGGGCGCCAUGGCCUGGCAAAAUCUUGCUGCCACAGCCGUAGCGAUGAGCGGCGCCGCCGAGCAAGACAGUGGCUCCUCCGUCUGGCCGCCCCAUAACCUGCCUGCACCAAUGCUGACCGGAAGGCCACUACCUCAUACGUCCACUCUAGUUCCUGCCCUGCCCGGCAUCGCAGGAGAUUCUGAAGAUGAUGCUUCUAUUCAGUUUGCUCCAAGGGAUUUCUUGUCACUUGGAAGGGACUCGGAUUUUGCUGCCAAUGAUAUGGCCAUAGAUCCUUCAAUAGUACUAGCAGUUCCAGUUAAUUGCACUUCUGAACAUCCACCAAUACAUCUUCAGGCAAAUGGUUCAGAUGCAGAAGCACUCAGAAUUGGAAUCCAAGCAGAUGAUAGUCAACAAUCGUCAUCAUCAUCAGCAGCAGGUCUAUCUGAUAGCAAUUUUAAAUUACAAUCAACUAUUCCUGCAAAUACUAAUAAUGAAUUGGCUUCACUGCUUGCUGAAGGUGUAACUGAUCAGAACAUGCAAACUUAUCAGCAGACACGAGAAAAGCUCAAGACACAAAGCCAACUGAAUGAUCACACACCUCUGUCAGCAGCAGCAGCAACUGCAUUCAAGGAAAAUGAGGAUGCCCCUGCAGGAAAAGUGAAUCCCCGGAGGAAGAAACAUAGAGCCAAGGUAAUACGUGAAGACAAGCAAACCAAGAAGCAAAAGCCUGCUGUUACAACACCAGAAGGAAAACCACCAAAUCAGAAAGCCAAGAGAAGUUAUGUCCGGAAGAAAAGAAAUCUCAGCUCUCUGGAGAAUUGCUCGGGACCUGUUAGUGACCAAUCAGUCUCUAGGGGAGCAGAAGAUGCUGCUAGAAGCAGAGCUGCAUCAGUCCGAAGAAGGUUGCAGUCCGAACUUUGUGAACAGGGAGUGCUGAGAGGCAAAUCAUCAGCUGGCAACUCAGGCCACCACGUUGAGGAAAAACUCAUUCAUGCUAAAAGCUCUUUCUGUUCGACCGCCACUGUAUCAAUUGCGCAGGGUGCACAUGGACUGCACGUGGACAUGGAAAAUUCACCAGGAGGAUUAGCUUUUGGCAUGAUUCACGAGAUGAACAAACUGUUAGAUGAGUACAUACAUUUGCCAGAGAUGGCGACAAAUUGUACACAAGAAGUUUCGCCUGCAACUUCUGGAUGUUUUAGCAGGGAGCCAACAAGAACACAAGACAGUGUAGGAAGCACUCAUGGUCUUGAUGCCGCAAGGAUUGGGGUUACCAUACUGGAAGGGAACAACAAGGACUUGGAGGUUAACGACUCUAACAACGCUGGUCUUUCUAUGCGUCGAUCAGCUACGUCUGUACCUGAAACAACAUCCACAGAAAGUCAGAUGACUAAGGUGUCGAGAGUGGAGAAAAAGAAGCAUCAACAACGUAGAGAGAGCAAGUCCUCUCUAGCCGGCUCACGGGACUCGAUCAUCUUAAGGACUGCCGCUCAGAUGCUAGGAUUUUGUCAAGCUGGUGGAAUAAAAAAGAAGCGAACAGUCCGGGUCCGCAGGAUUUCAUACGUUCCUAUAAUGAAUGUUGAGAUGAAUAGGGCAAAAGUAUUGCCACGGUUAUCUCAGUCAUGCCUGGAGGCCCUGUAUGGAAGACCCAGUUUUAAACCUUUUACCAAGAAACGUUCACGAAGGGUACGACGUCAUUACGGCAGAUCAGAGGGAAUUUUUCAGCCUCCGAAUAAUAGAAAAUUCUACCAUGAUAUUUAUUAUGAAGCAACAGGAAAAAGGUCACAAAACUUACGAUAUACGUCAACUCCAUAUAUGGAUUUCCAUCGAAGAGUUGCAUCAGGGCUGAAAUAUCUCGAUUUGAACACCGAGCCUGUACAUACAAAUGAGAUGUAUCCAUCUCUGACCACAUCCGCUGUUGUCCCUUUUGGAGCAACAGGUAGUCUAUCAAAUUCUCUUGUACCAUUUGGUAGUCAGAUGAUCUUCCCACAUGAGUGGCCGUUGGAUUUAGUCAAGAAGCAGCGCCCUCGAGCUAAAGUUGACUUGGAUUUUGAGACAACAAGAGUUUGGAACCUCUUGAUGAGGAAAGCAACUGAUGAGCCUGUAGAUGGGAAUGAUGUUGAGAAAGAGAGGUGGUGGCAACAAGAAAGAAAAGUUUUUCAAGGUCGUGCUAAUUCAUUUGUAGAACGCAUGCGUCUAGUUCAAGGGGACAGGCACUUUUCUCCAUGGAAAGGAUCAGUAGUUGACUCCGUAGUAGGGGUUUUCCUCACUCAGAAUGUGUCUGACCAUCUUUCCAGCUCUGCGUAUAUGUCACUUGCUGCAAGCUUUCCUCCAAGGACAGUUAAUAGCAAUUGUAAGGAUGGUAUUAUCAGUCAAGGCGAUGAGGAAAUAAUUAGCACAGUUGCAGUAGGAGGGGUAAGAAUCUUUGACUCUUUUGACAACGGUGCAAGACCAGAUCUAAGAGAGAACUUUGAGGAGCUGUCAAUAACCAAUGACAAGAUACAUGUAGAAACAAAGAACAAUGCUAGUGCUUAUGAGUUGACUAAAGGUGAAAAUUAUUCCUUCUACUCCAACGAAGCAAAUGAAGAUUUAUGCGACCACCAAGAGACAGAAGUUAACCCCAAAGCACAACAAUUUCCAGAUUUCUCCAUCGAAUUAAUAACAUCAGAAAGAAGCUCAAGAGCGAUACAGUUCCAGAAGGAUAUGUCAUCUUCUCAAAGUGUUAUAAUUUCGGAAACUAUUCUUGAGUCACAAUUAUCGAGUUCUGGGGAUAAUCCUUCACCUAACAGUUCUGUUGGUAGCGUCGGUGGUGCAGCUUCUCAGCAGCUGGGAAGCAAUUUCGAUUCAUUAGCAGGAAAUGAUGCCUCAACCAAGGAACUUGAAUGCCAAAGAAUCAAAACAACAACAGUAAAUGAUGAUGGUGCAAGUCAGCAUGGAAUUCCCUCUACUUUUGAAGCAUCAGAUUUCCAGGAGCAUGAAUCACUCUCUAUCACUGGUGGAACGAUAGCAGAAACAGCAAACACGGUGGAUGAAUCUACUGUCAAAUCUAGUUUUCCUUCCUAUAAUGGAGGACCAGAUAAAGAAGCAAGACCAAAGAAAACAGGAACCACAAGGAAAGAAAAAACUGAAAACUUCGAUUGGGAUAAACUUCGAAGACAGGCUUGUGCUGAUGGCCACAUGAAAGAAAGAAAGUCUGAAAGAAGAGACUCUGUUGAUUGGGAAGCAGUACGGUGUGCAGAUGUACGAGCAAUUUCUAGCGCCAUCCGGGGACGAGGAAUAAACAAUGUUUUGGCAGAGCGAAUCCAGGAGUUCCUGAAUCGAAUGGUAAGAGAUCAUGGAACCAUUGAUCUGGAGUGGUUAAGAGAUACCCCCCCUGACUCAGCAAAGGAUUACUUGCUUAGCAUACGUGGACUGGGGCUCAAAAGUGUUGAAUGUGUUCGUUUGCUGACAUUACAUCAACUUGCCUUCCCUGUUGACACGAAUGUUGGUCGCAUAUGUGUAAGACUGGGUUGGGUUCCUAUUCAACCCCUUCCUGAAUCUCUACAACUACAUCUCCUCGAGCUAUAUCCUGUCUUGGAGACUGUACAAAAGUACCUUUGGCCUCGUCUGUGUAAACUUGAUCAAAAAACACUGUACGAGCUACAUUAUCAUAUGAUCACUUUUGGAAAGGUGUUCUGUACCAAAACAAAGCCAAAUUGCAAUGCUUGUCCAAUGAGAGGAGAAUGUAGGCAUUUCGCAAGUGCCUUCGCAAGUGCACGACUUGCACUUCCUGCACCUCAGGAGAAAAGCUUGGUGAAUCCGAGCAAUCAAUUCAGUUUCCAGAGUGGUAGCAUGCCCACUCCGAACUCAACUGUGUUUCCUCAGAUUGACGAAAGUACCUGGGGAAAGGUUUUUCACACUAACAAUUCAGAGCCGAUUAUUGAGGAGCCAGUAAGUCCAGCACGGGAAGAACUUCCAGAAAGUUUGGAAACUGAUAUUGAAGAUUAUGAUCCAGAUGAAAUCCCACUAAUUAAGCUUAACAUGGAAGCUUUUGCUCACAACUUGGAAAAUUGUAUUAAAGAAAGCAAUAUGGAUCUCCAGUCUGAUGAUAUCGAGAAAGCACUUGUUGCUAUUAGCACUGAAGCAGCUUCAAUUCCUGUCCCUAAACUAAAGAACGUGAGCAGGCUUCGGACAGAACACUAUGUUUACGAAAUUCCAGAUUCACACUCCCUUGUGCAACAGCUUGGACUAAAUCAACGGGAAGACGGCGAUCCAAGCCCUUACCUAUUGACCAUAUGGAUGCAAGAUGACAUAAAUGAAAUGAUCAAGGCCCCCAAACCAUGUUCUGACUUUAGAAGGGAAGAUGGAUUUUGUAAUAACGAGAAGUGUCAGCAUUGUGUGCUUGAGCGGGAAAACCAAUCUAGAUAUGUCAGAGCCACGAUUCUGGUUCCAUGUCGAACAGGUACGAAGGGUACUUUCCCACUGAACGGCACUUAUUUUCAAGUUAAUGAGGUAUUUGCUGAUCACAAAUCUAGCUACGAUCCCAUAUACGUUGUAAGGAAGGACUUAUGGCCCUUGGAAAGACGUAUGGUCUACUUUGGGACUUCGGUGCCUUCUAUAUUCAAAGGUCUAACAACUGAAGAAAUACAGCAGUGCUUCUGGAAAGGAUUUGUGUGCGUGCGGGGAUUCGAGAGGGAAACCGGGGCACCAAGGCCCCUAUGCCAACACCUGCAUGUCGCGGCAAGCAAAGUGCCCAGACGACGUAACACAGCAGCAGCAGCAGCAGAGCAGAACUCGGAUCCAGCAAAGGCAUCAGCUCAUGGCACCGGUAGUUCUUGAUCUGUGCGCAUGGGCCCUAUUAGUUCCUGCCGGACGAUCAGGAGGACUAUGAGAGGCGGCUGAACCAUGGUCCCAAGCAACAUUACUGGAGGACUAUUGUACACCCGUUCUCGGUUUUUCUUCUAGGAGUAGGAAAUUAAAAAACAGUAUAACGCCGCUACCUAAGAGCCUCCACAGCGUUUUCACGUUCUCAGCCAUCGGAUCGCUGAAACGUAAGAUCGAGAUCAGCCCUGGUCGACACAGGUUGCUCACGCGCUGCAUUCUCGCGGGCUGCUACUCCGCAGAGCGAGUUGGCUUUCCUCUCCAUAAUCGGGCCUUCGGAGGCCCACGUCUUUUCAUUUGGAUGCUAACGCUAACAGCCCAGGUCGUGUACUUUCCAUCGCUAUCCUCCCCAACCGAGCAGUUUCUCUGUUCCUUCCACGCGGCCGUUUCUCGUUCCUCGAUGCGCCGCCGUUCUUUCCUCCUCCUUCUGCCCGUCAUGGACGAACGAUGCAAGAUACGAAAUUAAAAUAGUAAGCAAAGGAAGAGUACAGAGCGGGUGGACGGAAUAGGCGCGGAGGCGGCCCUCUCUCCAAAGAUGGUGACACAGAUGGGCAGUGGAGGGAUGUUUUCUCACCUUCCUGUGCGUAGCAGUUUUGUUGUGAUGGCAAGAUGAUACAGGAGAUGAGGGGAUGGGGGUGACAGUGUUGCUCUUCUCCGUUGAGAUCCAAGUAAGCACUUAUCAUAUUGCAACUGUCCUACACCGUUUAUUCAUUUUUUUUGCAAGAAAUAAUGAGAUGAUCUACCAUAUUUACAUGAGUACAUGUAUGUACUGCAUCUGCUUCACUGUUUAUUCAAAAACCAAUUCGCAGGAAAUAAUGAGACGAUCUUCCGUAUCUUUAUGUUUAGGCUGUCAGCUGUGCUUGAUUAAUUAAACUCUGGGGUACCUAGAGUAAUCACAAUGCAUGGAUAAGUGACCAUCCAACACUGUUGGUGUGCUUCUUAGACGUCAUGUCCUAUUCAUGAUUUGGAGCUACACAUAUACACUAUUGGUUGAAAAUGGGUGAGCAGAACACAAGUCGAUGGAGAGAAAGUUAUGAUUCAGUUGUAUAUACAUUUGUAUCAUGGUAUCUUACUGGCAGGAAGAUAUAUUUGUCUCCAUAAGUGACCCAUUCAUUAUUUGUUGAUGGGAAUUUCUAUUUAAAAAGUUUUGAUUGGAAAAAGAGAUACAGCUCUGUAUCUCAUAUUUUGAGCAACCUGCAAAAACUAAGAUCUGUUGUUGUAUUUAUAUUUUCUGUGGUAUUUGCUCUAAGUUCUAAGCCAUAGUCGUAAAAUAUUAUAGUGAUCUAAACGCUCUUAUAUAUCUUUACGGAGGGAGUAUAUGCUAUUGAUUAGUAUAAUUCUCAAUGGUGAUUAUUCAUUCCAGAUUUUUAGCUAUUCUUUAUUUGACCAAUAGUUUGACAUAUACAAACUGACAAAAUUGUUGGCAAGGAGGGUUAUUAUGCUACUUUAUUUGUAGCUAUGUGACUUAACAUGGAAGAAAUAACACAAAUCUCCAAGCGCAAUUUUGAGAAAACCAAUGUCAGGUAUUGCUCUACCGUGAAGUAUGAAGUAUGAAACCUCCCUGUUUUUGUCACAAUGAAUAAUUUCUAUUUCCUCUGUUUCAAGUGUUUGUUUCUAUUCCCUUGCAAGACAGGAAGAUAUGGUGCGUAUAUUCACUGAUAGGGGAUUGAAUGUAUGUCCUUCAAUUUCUUUCUACUUAUAUGAUGUUUAUCUUAUCUUUCCUUGCUCACAAUUUGAUUGGGAGCUUUUUUUAUCUGCCACGGGGAUGAUAAGAGGUAGCAUUUUAGCGACAUAGAGCAAAGGUGUUUUUUAUCCUUAAGAUAUCAACCAGUUAGUUCAUCUUAGUAUUCACCAUGUGCUGGUAUUUGUAUUUCACUAUUGUACAUUUUUGCAGAGUGAAAAGUGUUACAGUCAUAUGGGCAUAUGAUGACGUAGGCAAGCUCCAGCAAGGCAUGCGUGCAUCAUUUUACUGAUUCAGGUGGAGGCGAUCCCUUUAUAUGCCGACUCGCUAGAUUGUUGGUAAUUUGAGCCUCCCUUGCCCAUGCCUCAUAUUAUUGCAUGUGUUGCAUUGUACAGAAUAGCCUCUUUAUAGAAAUGAGAUUCUCUUUAGGGAACAUAAACAUUAGGAUUGAUUUAUUUUCUGUAUAUUACAUUGUGCAGGAUAUAUUAUAUCGCCUUUUUGGACGUUUUGGUA